UUAUUUGCACACACGAGUUCCAUUUCCCGCCAAAACCUACUCGGGUCGAAAAUUAAUUGACCCAUUUCCUCUAAUUUCAUAAACCCUAAUUCCAAGAACAACAAACCCCAAAUCACAAAAAGAAAUGGAAAUUAAAGUGAAGUGCAGCUGUGGAGAAGAGAAGUGUAAAGAAUGGGCCAUUGUUGAGCUUCAAGGCGUCGUUGAAGUUCAGCCUGAUUUUAAAGACUCUUUUCGUACUCUCCCUAUGGGUAAACUCUGUCGCCCCUCUUCAGAGGAGAACUAUACUUUUACUGUUGGCUAUCAUGAAUUGAGUGGGUCAAAGGUGCCUCUAAAGAAGCCGUUUUUGGUGAUGAAGAAAAUUAAGCAUUCUGUUGCGGGUAAGGGCGACGAUGAUACUGGUUUAUCGUCUAAGGUGGAAUUGGAGGUUAUUGGAAUUGUUCGACACCGGAUUUUGUUCAAGAACAGACCAAAGGCUUUGAUAUCUAGCUCACAACCAGUAGUAAAGGCCAAGCUCAAAGCACCAGGUUCUGAUGCUCAAAUGAAUUAGCAUGAAUUUCAUAUAUUGCUUCCAGACAUCUACAAUUAGUAGUUGGUUGCUGUCUUCGUUUUAGAUAUCAUGUGUUCCCUAAUCGAAUAGUAAUGGAUACACAUUGUUGAUGGAUUAAGGUCAUUAAUUAUUAGUAUGUAUAUCUAAGUUCAUGAGCAUUUCAUGGACUUUAGCUGGCUUGAUAUAAACUUGCUUAUUAUUGAUGUUUGUUUAUAUGCUAUCAGAUUGAAUCAAAUAAAAACCGGUUUAUAUGCUGUAAUAUAUGAAAAUUAAUCAGGUUUUUUAGCUGGGUU